GGAAAAUUUUAGGCUACAAGUGAACGUAAAUUUUCUAAGCAUCAUGACUGCCAUCAGCUCAUCCCGUCAUUUGGUGGCCAAGCUGUUCCUGCUGGUGGCGCUCUGUGCUGUGUUACUUCCGGUUCCGGGCGCGAGUCAGGUAACCUUUUCCCGUGACUGGAAUGCGGGCAAACGUUCUCUGGCGGAACCCGCCAGCAACGGAGUCACGGAAUGCUCUGCCAUCUGGCGCUCGGUGAACAAUCUAUGUGCGGCCGUAACGAAAAACAUUCAACAUUUAACGCUCUGUGAGACACGCUCGCUUCUGAAGUCCUUGCAAACGGACGACUCCUCGAUGGAAAGUAACAGCGGGAAUAACUUGCCGAUAUUCUCCAGCAGCCAUAUCUAACUUCUGUAACCUAGCUGAACGUUUAGUGAUCUUCUAGUCGUGGUUGUGGCAGCCUACGAGACCGGCAAAUGUGGAAGCACAACAUGUGCCAUAUCAUCUGUAUCAGCAUAAUAGGUGGCAUUGAGCCACCAUUUAAAUACUCAAACAGCGGUACAUCCUUAACCAAAGACCCCCUAUAAAUGGUUUCCUACAUCCUUAUAAAAUGAUAAAACUGUAUCGUCCUUCCAAAAAAUGUCCCCCUGCACAUUGUUAAAAAAAGAUAUCGCAGCAUGUAGAUGAACGGAGAAACACAGAAAAUUCCAUUGAAAACAAAAAAAAACGUCGCUACAAAAUCAUAAAAACAAUAAAACUAAAAUCGU